UAAUUAGAUUCCCUACAGUGUUUCGUCACGACAGCCGCUCCUAAAAAUGUUGAAAUUCACUUUCCUGUUGGUCGUGGCCGUCGGCGUCAAUUGCCAGUUGGAAUCAUCAAUCGUUCCAACCACUCCGCCAACCAGCACGACGACGACGAAACCGCCGAGGCAGGUCAUCACGGUCACCAACGGAGAAACGGAAGGCCAAUGGGGACCGUUGGAGCGUUGCCCCAAAGGCGCCAGAGUUGUCAGUUACCAGACCCAGAACGAACUGGCCACUCCCCGAUUCGACGACACGGCACUCAACACCAUCCUCCUCUUCUGCAACGACGAAUUCGUCACCAACUUCACCUCCACCGCUGGAUUUUCCGGAGAUUUUCGCGGGAUUCAGACUUGCGCUUUCGGCGGUUACAUGACGAGUUUCCAGUUGAGGGUCAGUCCGGCCGGAACAGAGGCCGACAACACGGCGGCAAACGACAUCCGUUUCAAGUGCUCCGCCGGCGAUGAAAUCAACGGACUCGGCAACACCGGCGGAGACUGGGGCGACUACAGCGAAGUCUGCGACAACGGAAUUUGCGGAAUGGAGACCCGCGUCCAGCCGUACGAAGGCGGAAUCGGCCACCUUGACAACACGGCUUUGAACGACGUUCGCUUCACCUGCUGCAAUUGAUUCAAAUUUAGCGCUCAAUCAAUAAACAUUUGACGUUUGUUUCGAAUGAAACCACAAAUGUU